GUACGUGGACGGGCGCUGCGUGACCGACGCGAGCGGCGAGGCGUCCUCCGACAGGCCGGCGGCGGGCGGCGACAAGCGCGACUUGGCGGGCGAGCUGGAGGGCGGCGAGGACGGGGACGGCGCCAACGACACGUGCCUGCGCAUCACGCUGCAGCGGGACGAGUUCGUGCUGGAGAACGCCAGCCUGCGCCUCACGCUGGCCGGCUCGCCGUUCUACGGCCUCGUGCUGCCCGCCGGCGAGUUCCGGCUGCUGGGCGACGGGCGCGCGCAGGUGUGCAACGAGUACCAGUACGCGCUCGUGCCCACCGACACCGUGCAGGGCUACAUGACAGCGGUGUGCCUGGCGGUGUCGGCGGUGUGCCUGGCGCUGCAUCUCGUCGUGCAUGCGUUGCUGCCGAAACUGCACAACCUGCCCGGCAAGAACCUGCAGGCGCUGUCGGCGGCGCUGCUGCUGGCGCAGCUGGGCUUCCUGCUGGGCGUGAGCCCGCCCGUGGAGCCCGUGCCCACGGCGCUGUGCGAGGCCGUCGCCGCCGCCGUGCACUUCUUCUACCUGGCCGCCUUCUGCUGGAUGAACGUGAUGAGCGUGGACAUCUGGCGCACCUUCUCCGCCGCCACGGGCCGCACCGCCGCCUCGCACCGCCGCUACGCCGCCUACGCGUGGGGGCUGCCGGCCGCCGUGGUGGCGCUGUCGCUCGCCGCCGACCACGCCCCCGGCGUGCCCUACUUCCUGCGGCCGGGAUACGCGGAGGCCGGGAUCUGCUGGUUCGGGUCGGGCGCGGGCCUGGG